UGAGAGGAACGGCGUUGUGCGAUACAUGAGCAUCGCUGCGGAAAAGAAACAAAAAAGGAAGAGCCUCGUGGAUAGAGACGUCGACGUGAGAUGCGAAAAUAAGUGGAAUUCCGAGGACAUCCACAUCACAUGCAAUCCCCUGUCGACGCCCUAUCCGUAUUCGACGCCGGCGGCGACCACCACGACGACGACCACCACCACCACUGUCACCACCACCAGCAAGACGGCUGCAACAACGAUGGUAGAGAGUGAUGAGGAGCCGAAGAGUCGCAGCUGCGGCAGCUUCCUACCAAUACUUGCCCUGAUCCCACACUCUGUCAUCAGCUUCCAAUAUCUCAGCCCGAAGAUGAAGUUCUCAUGGUGGCGAAACAAGAUCUCGUGAAGACACGCGUAGACGCCCAUCGUCGUUGCUGUCGACGUUGUGCGUCGCGACGCCACCUCGACCUGUUUUAUGAGGAGACACACCUCUCUUACCUCGUAGCGAGCUCUUUCUCUCUUUGCUUAUA